CUGUCUGUCUGUCUAUGUGUAUCUCUAUCUGCUUCUAAUGAUUUUAUAUAUAAUAUUUUAUAAUUUAUUUAAUUAAAAAAAAGUAUUAGAUGUACCCGAAAACCUAUUCAAAAAUGACACCAAAAUUUAUUAGGGAUUAUCGAAAUGUUUUCAAAUUAAGCAAAUUUGCUACAAUAUAAAAUUUGAUGUAGCAGAUAUGCUAUAAAAUUUGUGAACGAAUUUAAAAUGAAAAUUUUGGAUUUUGAACAAAAUUUUGGCUAUUUAGCUAUGAAUUAUAAAGAAAAAAAAUUUUUUAAAAAAACGUGAGAGCCCAUAAUGAAAGUAUAAUUCGGGUAGCAAUUGUUUUUGCACAUCUGACUACCCUUUCUAGGAACAUUGAGGUGUAUUAACAUCAAGAGUCUAUCCGUCCUUGCCCAGUGAAGCCGUUGGAGGUACGUAUCAUCUCUACGCACCGAACGUUCUCUGAAGGAAAAGUGUACGAAGUGAUGUGCCAGUCGAAGGGUUCCAGACCUCCUGCCCAGAUCACGUGGAUGAAGGGGAACGUCAAAAUCGACAGUUCCCAAGAAAUCACUUCGGAGGAUGGCGACACAACUACCAGUACCCUGACUUUCGUUCCCUCCAGCGAGGAUAACAGAAAAAGCCUUUUGUGCCGUGCCGAGAAUCCAGAUUUACCAGAAAGUGCCUUAAAUGACGAGUGGACGAUGAAUGUUCUCUACGUUCCACAGCUAUCAUUAACUCUAGGAGCUAGUGAUCAACACGAACAGAUUCGUGAGGGAAGCAAUGUUUAUUUCGAAUGCAAUAUCCAAGCAAAUCCAUCUAUAUAUGAAAUAGGAUGGAAAUACGAAGGACAAACUUUAGCACACGAUCCUCCAUCGGGCAUAAAUGUCCGUAACAAUUCAUUAUCCUUACAAGGCGUUAGGAGAUCUCAUAGAGGAAGGUAUCAGUGUGUUGCUCGCAAUGCAGAAGGAGAAGGAGAGAGUGAAGAAGUUUUAUUACGGGUACAAUUUGCUCCUGUUUGCAGUAGUGGACAAAAAGUUGUGUAUGGAGCUGCUAGACACGAAGAUGUCAGAGUCACCUGUGAAGUUGAUGCUGACCCACCAUCAGUGGAAUUUCAUUGGGGAUUUAAUAACACAGACGAAAGUUUGGUUAUUGUAUCAUAUACGACAUCAGGAACGAAAAGUGUUGCAAAAUAUGUUCCAAGAAAUAAACAAGAUUACGGUUAUUUGUACUGUUGGGGAAAAAAUGAAGUUGGAAUGCAAUUAGAGCCGUGUAUAUUUAGUAUAGUACCCAUAGGUCCUCCAGAUCCUGUGCACAACUGUAGCAUCACUAACCUGACAUCUAAUGCUGUCAUCUUGAGAUGUGAAGCUGGAGAUGACGGCGGUUUACAACAGGUAUUUCACCUGGAAGUGUACAGUAUGAAGGAUGAUAAGAAUCUUCAGUCUAAUGUUACUUCAGUAGACUUCCCAGUCUUCGAAGCUCAAGGACUUACCUCUGGGAGUUCUUUUAUUUUAGUAAUAUACGCUUCCAAUAACCAAGGUCGAAGUAGAGCUGUGACUUUGACGGCCAGUACCCUAUUUUCUGCAGAAAGGCAUACAGGUGAACUUCAACCAGUGGCAAUUAACGCUGUCUUGGCUGUAUUGAUGGGUACAGUGGGUGCUUUGCUAUUGUUAGUUAUUGUCAUUAUAUUCAUCAUGAAAGCAAGAGGAAGCAGCGAAAAUAGAGGAGCAUCAUCUAAUAUUGACAACGAAGAAAAAAUUCCAUCUCCAAUUAAGAAGGAGUUUGAUGAUGGUAGUCCUGAUGUUAUUCCAUCAAAAAAUUAUUCAACAGGUAAAAGAUAGAAUAAUUAUUUUGAAAGAAAAACA